AGGUACAAGAGUCGCCUAGUUUCUCCGGGGAAGUGAAAAUGAACGGACCCGAGAAUUGUUUAAGCGUCCGUUUUGGAAGACAGCGGAGGAGAAGCAGUGAGUCUGUUCAUUGCAGUCCGCCGGUGUGGGUUUGAAUGGAGGGCCUGUUUUAAGGUCUACUCGGCCCCGCUGUGUGUUCAUCCCCCCGAGUGCUGAUGGCCGAGGCGGUGGAGACAGGUUCCCCGGGUCUCGGUGCAGGAGCGGCGGUGAAAGAGGAGGACCAGACCGGAGAGCUAGAGACGGAGGACAAAAAAGUCGAGGAGGAGGAGGAAGAGGAAGAUGAGGAAGCCCUGCCCCACGCGGAGUUCCUGGACAUCUUCGAGGAGGGUCUGGCUCAGAUAGUGCAGGACCCCCUGCUCUGCGACCUGCCGAUACAGGUCACUCUGGAGGAGGUGAGCUCUCAGGUGGCUCUGGAGUAUGGCCAGGCUAUGACUGUGCGUGUCUGCAAGGCCGACGGGGAGGUCAUGCCGAUCGUGGUGGUGCAGAACGCCUCCGUGCUGGAUCUGAAGAAAGCCAUCCGCAGAUACCUGGAGCUGAAACAGCAGCGUGAAGGAGGGGUGAAGCACAUCAGCUGGAGGUACGUGUGGAGAACCUAUCACUUAAUCUUCAACGGGGAGAAGCUGGAAGACGACAAAAUGAAGCUGAAGGAUUACGGCAUAAGGAACAGAGAUGAAGUGACUUUUGGCAAGAAACUGAGGAAAAAGUAAAACAAGGUGUGCAGAGACGGAGCUGUGAGGAUCAUCUCACUCCCCUUGAAGAGCUAUACACCUCUGCUCACUCCAGCGUUCACCUCUGUACACUGAGAAUGCUUUGUAUGACUGUUAUGUAAUUAGGUUUGUUUUAUAGAGAUUUCAUAAAAAAAUGUAUUUUUUCUCAUUUUGUAGAUGGUUGUAUAUUGAUUUCUCUGUGUAAA